AACUCUGGGAUACCCUUAGCCUGAAAGACCGCUCCGAAGCGGUAUUCGCACUAGUGAGGAUUUAGUGUGGGUUAAGUGCACUGAGCUUUGGCGUGAUUUAGACAUGGGACAGCCUUGAACACGUACUUCCUGUCACGUGCACGCGCACUCAAGUGGCCAAGCCCGCAAGUGUGGGUAUUGGAACAGGGCCUCUGUAAACGUGGAAGGAGAAUCUUGCCGAAAAUUUCAAGUUUGUGGCCUUGCAAAACAAAGACCAAAGCAGCUGUGAAGACAUGCCUUCAAAUAAGAAAAAUGCGAUUCCUGAUAGGGUGUCUAUUUACAAUGCCGUGUGUACCCUUAAGAUGGACAGAGUAUACAGCAGUGGGUAAACGGAUCCCAGGAACACGUUUUGUUGCCUUCAAAGUUCCCUUGAAACAGUCUUUUAGAAAUCAGUUAUCACAGUCAGAAGUCUUUGGACCAUUUGAUCUUGUGCAUAUGUUGGAGAAGGAAGGCCAUGAAUUGGGUCUUGUUAUUGAUCUCACCUUCACAACACGCUACUACAAACCAGAGGAUUUGCCAAGCACGCUGCAAUACUUGAAAAUUUUCACAGCUGGGCAUGAAGUGCCGGACGAUGCCACGAUUCUCAGUUUCAAGAAAGCCGUAAGAUGGUUUCUGCGUGAGAAUGAAAACAAUGAUAAGCUGAUUGGUGUUCAUUGCACGCAUGGUUUGAAUCGCACUGGCUAUCUUGUAUGUCGAUAUCUCAUUGAUGUUGAUGGAAUAGAGCCUAGAAAAGCGAUUGAUUUGUUCAAUGCUUCAAGGGGACACUCAAUAGAGAGGCAGAACUAUAUUGAUGAUUUGAGUAGAGGCCCCAAGAGAAGUAAUGUAGGAAUCGAGGAACUAGACCAAGACCCUGCUCAGGGAUGUGCAAACUGGACACAACAUGAUGUACCUCCUUAUCGAAGAGAACAGCAUAAUCGUUACCCUCCUUUUAAUGGAUGGGGACCUCAUCCAGAGCGCAGAGAACCCCAGAACCAAUUUGUUCUGUUUCACCAGAAAAACAACGCAAUGCGGUUUGGACCACCUGAUCGAGUGCCUUACUGUCCACCCAUGGGCAUGAGACCAAUGAGACCCCCUCGUCCCAGCCAGCGUCCAAUGAGACCCCCUCAUCCCAGCCAGCGUCCAAUGAGACACCCGCAUCCCAGCCAAAGCUUUAGAGGAGGCUGCUUUGGCUCAACGCCCCCCUAUCCACCUCCACUGCCUGCCUGCAGGUUUGGUGAGCCAUGCGGACUUCCCCAUCUAGAGGUUUCUAAGGGACCCCAAGGACCUCAUAGAAAAUAUCAAAAUAAACAUAGGAAAGGGCCGAAAAAUAAGACUUCAUAUGGAGGAGACUUUCAGUAAUCAGGAUCACCUGUGCUACCAAAAUUGCUGGACUGUGCUUCUUUCUAAACACAAACUGACAUGGCUCUUGUCUAUUCAUUCUUUUUGGGGAGAAGCUGUUUAUUCUUACGAAUUGAAUCUGGUCUUUCUAAAAGUUGACUAUUUAUUGGCCCCUGCUAGUUCACAGUACUAUAAGAUACGAUGCAUUGAUCUGAUAGGUUUUAUGUGUACCUGUUGUUCUGUCCUGUUGUCACCUGCCUUUAUGCCCUCGAAAACAAACCUUUGUUUUUAGCAUUAAAGCUAUUUCUGAGUAAUUGAGGGCAGUUUUAUUAUGUUUAAUUGUGUAUUCAAGGCAUUUUGUGACCAGGUAAUUUGUGCUUGACCUCUGACUCUGUUGGCUAAAAUUAGACAUGCAUACCAUGGGUUUUAAAUCAAAUUAAAUAUCGCUGAAGUGCAACAAAAGUUGUUGUUUUUUUUAGGUUUUUAUCAUUUAUAUGGACAACUAUGCUAUAUGAGCCUUUAUUAUGCUUCAAGUUGGUUACUCCAGAUUUUUAAGAGAGUCUGGUUGAGACAUUACUAUAUUGAACCCCUUGGCGUAAAAAUAUAAAGAGGGUAGAAGUGCAAAAACCUAACUGAAAUAAAAGGUUUACCCAUACCCACAUUUUUCUUUAGUUUAAUGUGUUUUUUUUUUUUUUUUUUAUGGGAUACAUAUAAGUAUUAGAAAUAAUUUGCUGUAACCAGGGGUUCAGUUUAUUUUUGUUUUUUUUUAUAUAUAUACUUUUGCCUGAAAAACUUUUAAAGAAUAUACAGUUAGUGCAGAAAAUAGUUAAAAUAUACAUAUAUGUAUAAUGUGUGUGAAUAUACAGUUGUGCUCAAGUUUGCAUACCCUGGCAGAAAUUGUGAAAUUUUGGCAUUGAUUUUGAAAAUAUGACUGAUCAUGCAAAAAAACUGUCUUUUAUUUAAGGAUAGUGAUCAUAUGAAGCCAUUUAUCAUCACAUAGUUGUUUGGCUCCUUUUGAAAUCAUAAUGAUAACAGAAAUCACCCAAAUGGCCCUGAUCAAAAGUUUACAUACCCUUGAAUGUUUGGCCUUGUUACAAACACACAAGGUGACACACACAGGUUUAAAUGGCAAUUAAAGGUUAAUUUCCCACACCUGUGGCUUUUAAAAUUGCAAUUAGUAUCUGUGUAUAAAUAGUCAAUGAGUUUGUUAGCUCUCACGUGGAUGCACUGAGCAGGCUAGAUACUGAGCCAUGGGGAGCAGAAAAGAACUGUCAAAAGACCUGCGUAACAAGGUAAAGGAACUUUAUAAUGAUGGAAAAUGAUAUAAAAAGAUAUCCAAAGCCUUGAAAAUGCCAGUCAGUACUGUUUAAUCACUUAUUAAGAAGUGGAAAAUUCAGGGAUCUCUUGAUACCAAGCCAAGGUCAGGUAGACCAAGAAAGAUUUCAGCCACAACUGCCAGAAGAAUUGUUCGGGAUACAAAGAAAAACCCACAGGUAACCUCAGGAGAAAUACAGGCUGCUCUGGAAAAAGACGGUGUGGUUGUUUUAAGGAGCACAAUACGACAAUACUUGAACAAAAAUGAGCUGCCAGACGAAGCCAAUGCCACAAAAAAGCACAGUUACAAUAUGCCCGACAACACCUUGACACGCCUCACAGCUUCUGGCACACUGUAAUUUGGAGUGACGAGACCAAAAUAGAGCUUUAUGGUCACAACCAUAAGCACUAUGUUUGGAGAGGGGUCAACAAGUAUUAUGCUUAUAUAACAUAGUUUUGAUUUAUUUUGGAUUUUUUUUAGUCACAACAUAAUUCCCAUAUUUCCAUUUCUAUUAUUCCAUAGUUAUGAUGACUUUACUGUUAUUCUAAAAUGUGAAAAAAAUAAAUAAAAAAAUAAAGAA